GUGCUACGGGAGAAACUUGAAAAUCAAAACCCUGCAGUCUAGUCUAGGGUUUUUGCCUCCCAAAUCGAACAAUGGUGUUAUCCAACAAGAAACUGAAGCAGAAGCUAAGAGAAGCAAAGGCCGAAUCUUUGGCUUCUUCAAUAUCGGGGGAAUCAGUAUCCAAUGCAAAUGGGGGCGCGGGCACGAUUUCGGAGUUGCAGGAGCGACUGGAUGCAGCAAAACAGAGGAUGCGGCUGGCAAAGAAGGACAAGAGAAGGAAUUCGCUAGGGCAAGAGAAUGAUGACGGAAAGGACCCAACUAGCGGGAAGAAGGAAGUGCUGGAGAAAGGCGAUGAGAAGAGAGAAGAGGGGAAGAAGAGGAAGAGAGAAGAGGGGAAGAGUGCCCAGAAGAAGGACGGCAAGAAGGCUAAAACGAAGGAGAAAAAGGAGAAGAACAAGAACAAGAAGAGCAAGGCAGCUGAAAAUGGCGAGGACGAGAAGUCUGCGGUUAUUGGUGGUGGAGCGGGCGAAGUAGAAAUGAAAGGAAUUGUUGAAAGUUCAGUGAGCAAGGACACUGCUACAAAAGUUUAUGUUGGUGGUAUUCCAUACUACUCAACUGAGGAUGACAUUCGAAGUUUCUUUGAUAGUUGUGGUACCAUCACAGAAGUUGAUUGUAUGAAGUUUCCUGAUAGUGGAAAAUUUAGAGGAAUCGCCAUUAUUAACUUCAAGACUGAUGCUGCUGCCAAACGAGCCUUGGAUCUUGAUGGAGCUGACAUGGGUGGUUUUUUUCUGAAGGUCAGACCAUAUAAGACAACAACUCGACAAAUUAAGGUCCCUGAUUUCGUCCCACAAAUUGUAAAAGGUUACAAUCGGAUUUAUGUUGGGAACUUACCGUGGGAUAUAACAGAAGAAAACCUCAGGAAGUUUUUCUCAGAUUGUAGUAUAUCAUCUAUCCGUUUUGGCAUGGACAAAGAAACUGGGGAGUUCCGAGGUUAUGGCCACGUUGAUUUCUCAGAUGAUGUCUCAAUGAUGAUGGCACUGAAAAUGGAUCAGCAAAUGCUGUGUGGCAGACCAAUUAAGAUCAGUUGUGCAGUUCCCAGGAAAGCAGGAGAAGCUCGACCAAAGGAUGGCCCUCCACCUUCCAGAAGUAACAAAGUAAGUGAUCCUGAGGUCGUUUCAACUCCUCCUGUGCCCGAAACUACUGCAGCAAAUAUUGGAGCAAGCAGUGAUGAGAGCCCUACAACUUCGAUCACCGAAGUUGUGAGAAAUGAAGCCAGUAUUGAGACACCGGCCCCUGUCAGUGGUAAGAUAAAGAGGAGGACCUGCUAUGAGUGUGGUCAAAAGGGUCAUAUCUCAACAGCUUGUCCGAAUAAGCAGAAUACUGAUGUACCAAAUUCAAAUACUGAUUGAACUGAGUCCAACUACCAAGUUUUGUUUUUCUUUUGCUCCCUGUGUUUGGUGGGAGAGAUACUAGGUCAUCCAGAAUUAUUUUUUGGAGGGUAUCUGGCGAUCAUAGGGAGGUACUAUCACAGUUUUGUAUUCUAGAAUUUUGAUUUAUUGACCAAUGAGGGAAGUGGUGUAGUGGACUAGUGUUCUUUAUCUGUCUGUUUAUACUACAUGUACCAAGCAGGAAGUUAAGAAGAGAUCUGUUGAAAUUCUAGUUUUUGUUCCUGCUCUGAGAGAACUGUGGCGA